UUAUUGAUAAGACAUAUAGGCCUUCAUUCAAGCAAAUAUUCAUCAGGAUGGAUGCCUCGCUGCAGUUUGAGAUAAUUUCUGAAACAUUCAUCAAGCCUUCCUCACCCACUCCAACUUCUUUGAGAUACCACAAGCUCUCAUUGUUAGAUCAAGGAAUCUCACCAUAUCUUCUGAUCCCGGUGGCUUUCUUCUAUCCUAAUAUUAAGGGAACUCGUUGGCUUGCCAAUGAAAUAUCACAACUGCUUAAAAGUUCUCUCUCAAAAACUCUUGCCCAGUAUUACCCUUUCGCCGGACGGCUGAUGAAAAACGGCUAUAUGAUUGAUUGCAACGACAUGGGUGCUCAAUUUACUGAAGGCCGAAUUAAUUGUCGAGUGUCUGAGAUUCGCAAGCAAUUAAGUUCUGGAAAAAUGGAAGAUCUUAUCUUUGCUAGAUCUCUAUUCUCCGGGCCGGCCCUAGCUAAUCAUCGUAGCCUAGUAUUUGUUCAGCUCAGUUCUUUCAACUGCGGUGGCAUAGUAUUGAGUGUGUCUAUAAAUCACAGGAUUGCUGAUGCAUCCAGCGUAUCAACUUUCAUGAAUGAUUGGGCAGCAAUAGCUCGUCAAACGAGUGACAUCCCAUCUCCUCAUCUUCAUGCAGCUUCUCUGUUCCCCCCUGUUGACGGUCAGCAAUUUCCGAAACCAUCUCCUCCUAAGCUAGAUCAAGGGAAGCACGUGAAAAGGAUUUUGGCGUUCCAUGCUUCUAAAAUUGGAGAACUCAAGGCUAUUGCUCUUAACUCAGGAGUAGAAAACCCUACUCGGUUUGAAGUUGUGUCAGCCCUACUUUACGGUUGUUUUAUGUCUGCAGCGUCAAAGGCAAACUCGGGAUCACACAGCCGCCCAUCAAUCUUCGUGAAUGCUGUGAAUUUUCGACAAAUAAUUGUCCCUCCACUUCCACAAAAUUCAGUUGGGAAUUUUUUUGCCUAUUUCCCGACAUCAGUUGACAACAAUGCUGAAGUUAAAUUACCAGAGUUAGUUAAUAAACUAAGGGAAGGGAAAACAAAAUUGCUCAAGGAGUGCACAGAAAACAUCAAUUCCAUUCUUAGUAGGCAAGAAGCAUCCCACUCAGCACCGCUGAGUACUGCAGCAACUGAAACACACAACUCUGACUUGUACGGGUGCUCAAGCUGGUGUAGGUUCCCAUUUUAUGGCGUUGAUUUUGGCUGGGGAACACCUUCGUUGGUAUACCCAGGAACCACUCCAGGGCUAAAUCUCAACAUCUUGAUAUUAACAGACAUGGAAGAUGGUAAUGGAAUACAUGCACAUCUUAUCCUAAAAGAUUCCGAGUUGGACAUGUCACUAUUGGAAGAAAAUGAAGUGCUGCUUGCUUAUGCCUCUUUGGAUGCUUAAACAUGUCCAAGCAUUACAACAGGAAAAUGAAAUACUUAUAACUAUGAUAAGCAUUCAUAUAUUAUGCAUCAGCAUCACAAUCUCGUAAUCCUGACUUGCUGUUGUGCAUACUCACAGCUUCUAAUCUCCUCAUGGGUGACUUGAGUUAUUUCUCUUUAUGUUGUCAACAUAUCUACAGUUACAUUACACAUUGCUCCAUGUCUGCUCAGUUGAGCUAUUUGAACCUUUGAAAAGAAAA